CUUUCUUCAAUGGGCGCUUUGGAUUCCCUCGCCGGAGGAACCGCCAAUCCGACCGCCGCUGCCCUCACCAUGCUGAACGGGGCAGAGAGCCAAAGUUUCGCCAAGGAGCCGCCAGACCUCCAGGGAGCGGCGACCAAAGACCCCGCCGAGCUGAAGAUCGGCGUCCCCCAGGAGCGCUUCUACUACCCGGAGCCCCACAUGCAAGAAGGUGGCUGCAACUUAGGGCUGACCUACGGCGCACAGAUGGUGCAGGGAGGAGGCGGCGGCGGCUUUGGGGUGAGCAGCCCAUCCUCAUCGGGCAGGUUUCUAGGGCCGGCCGUGAACAACUGCUCCUCUUACAGACCUCCUCCUCCUCCUCCCCCGGUUCCUGCUCCUUCUUCGGCUGCCCCUGCGGGGAACCCCAGCUUCUCGGUGUCCGCGGCCGAGAUCUACUCAAGCGCCGGGGACCUGUAUCCCAGCGCGCCCGGGGGAGAAGGCUGCUACUCGGCCGCCGUCCAGCACAUGUUCCCGCGCGGGCCUCUCUACCAAGUGCCGGGCUACCAAGUCUCCGGGAAGAUCCAGGUAGUGCUCAACAACUAUCCUCUCUGGGCCAAGUUCCACAAGCACCAGACGGAAAUGAUCAUCACGAAACAGGGCAGGAGGAUGUUCCCAUUUCUGAGCUUCAACAUCUCUGGACUGGACCCUGUCGCCCAUUACAGCAUCUUUGUGGACAUUGUGUUAGUGGAUCAACACCACUGGCGAUACCAAGGCGGGAAAUGGGUGCAGUGCGGCAAAGCAGAAGGAAACAUGCCAGGGAAUCGGACGUACAUGCACCCGGAUUCUCCCAACACCGGAGCCCACUGGAUGCGGCAGGAGAUCUCCUUUGGGAAGCUGAAGCUCACCAAUAACAAAGGAGCAUCCAAUAAUGUCACACAGAUGAUCGUGCUACAGUCCUUGCACAAGUACCAGCCCCGCCUACAUGUCACCGAGGCCAAGGACGGCGAGGUGGACAAAGUACACCCUUCCAUCUGUAGCCAGACCUUCACCUUCCCCGAGACUCAGUUCAUUGCCGUUACAGCGUACCAGAAUGCUGACAUCACCCAGCUGAAGAUAGACCACAAUCCUUUUGCUAAAGGCUUCCGGGACAACUUUGAUUCGAUGUACACCACGAGCGAGGGAGACCGCACAACUCCAUCUCCGCCCGGUGCUGCCAGCUGCCAGCAGCUCCUCACGAGCAGCCGCUUCCAGCCCUUCUUGCACGAUCAGUACACGCUCCCUCAGAGCCGCUUCUACAACCGGGAGCGGGCCCCUUUGCCUCUGCCGCCCAAGGAGACCCACCACUGGUAUUUCGCUUCCCAGCAGCCCCCUUCUGCCCCUCUGGAAUACGGCACCUACGAGGGCGACUUCAGAGGGAACAAAUUCAUGCCGUACGGGAUGAAGCCCUUUGCCCUACAGGCGGCUCCGCACCCCUCCUUGCCCUAUUACCAGGAGCAUCCCUUCGGGCCCCCUGCCACCUGGAGCUCCCCACCUCAGUAUCACCACCCCAAGCCCACCCCAGGGGCCUUGAGCUGGUUCCGGCCCAUGAGGGACUUGCAGGCGGUGCCCUCCGCCGACGAGAAAGGGAAGGACAGCGAAGGCUGGGCCGAGCCCGGCUCUGUGAAGUCAGCCGAUUCCUCGGACUCCGGGCUGUACGAAGCCGAGUGCAAGCGCCGCCGCGUGUCCCCCUACGUCUCCAGCGCCGAGAGCUCCCCGCCCAUCCGCAACGGGGAGCUCUAUGACAAAGAAGGAGGGGAUGGGGGCUAUUAUGGCUUCUAUGGCAACUGAAGGGGGGUGGCGGGACAGA